AUGCACGCAAAUGCCGCCGGACUCCAGGGGCAACUUGCUGCAGCCAUUUCCGUCCUCGACCUGGCUGGGGGCGGUGGACACUUCGAUGCCAACGGAGCCUUGAUUAUCAAAGCCGAGCAUGUGCAGGUUGCCUGCCGGCUGGUUGAGAUUGCCUUGCAGAUUCGACAUAUUUUUCGCCUCCCCCUCGAUGAUGACCUCUCCGAUCAAGAGAAUGUGGAGCGCCCUGAGAUACCUGUGCACGGAAACUAUGAGCGCAAGUUUGGUGAGGCGCUGGCAACCCAAGGAUUGCCUGCGCUGCCACCCGAGGAAGAAGAGGCAGUUGCCGAGGCAGAGGCAGAGGAAGAAGAGUUGCUCCCUCCCGCGGCGCACGCGCGGGAACAUAGUCAAAACUCAGUGCUAUCCAAGUGUCAUGGCUCUUGUGACAAAAAACAACUGUUGUGA